UCAGUUGAAACUAGGUUGGGAACCUACUGGUUCAAACUAUGUAAGCCCAAACCGAAUUGGUUUCUUCCUGAACCAAUCCUUUUUCAUAAGGCCAUGUGUAGUGGUAGAGUCCCAUGGUGGGGUAUUAUGUGACAAGUGACAAUUGUGUAAGAAAGGAGAGUUAUGGGGCUUUAUAUAUGUAUGGGGCUUUAUAUAUAUGUAUGUGUAUAUAUGUGUGUGAGUGGAGAAGGAACGGUAACACCGUGAUAUACAUAGUGGGGAGGCAAAAAACUUACCUCAUUGCGCCGUCCGAAACGGUGUACCGGGCGCUAUGGGGCGCCAUAGAUGGCUCCGGCGUGAUACGCAGCCCCACUACGGAGGGCCUAAAUAGGUUUCAACUUGACCUGGUUUGACCAAAAACCGUUUUGACUAUCUUUGACAAAACCCAAAUCGGUUUAGGCCCCGAAAACUGAAAUGUGUACCUCUAACCCCCACCCCACCACAUGAGCAACCCCUAUAAGACCAAGGGGUAUGGGGGCCGGCUUAGGCCCGCCCCCACACCGCCCCCCUCGCCCCGUCCCGUUCUUUCCUGCUCCCUCUAGACGAUCUCGACGGGCCUUGUUUUUGAAAAAUAGCCGUUGAAUGGCUAUAACAUUUAAUAAAAAAAAUCCCUUUUUUUUUCUAUAAAACCAUCUCGUUUUAUACCAUUUUUCACCAUUUUUCCUCACUUUCAACCCAAAACACUCUCAUUUUUAUACCAUUCUUUUAUAAAAAAAUAUCUUUUCAUCGACAAUGGCAUUUAAUUCUUGGUGGUCCUCGUCUUCUUCGGGCGAAGAGGAGAUGUUCUUCGCAAACGCUGUGAUAAAGGCGGCGCAGAUUCUUAUGGAACAGGAAGAGGAAGAGGAAGACGUCUCGUCUGAAAGCGUUAUUACCAGACGAAUACGGAUUAACAGAGACCGCCAAGGAGCGCACGAGAAAUUGGUGAACGAUUAUUUUUCGGAUGCAGCCCUUUACAAUGCCGACAUUUUCAGACAAAGGUUCCGAAUGAGUCGCCGGUUAUUCACACAGAUUGCUGAUGAUUUGGCGGGGCUAGACCCGUUUUUCAAGCAACGACCCGAUACUCAGAAUUAUGAAGGGUUCACCACGUUACAAAAGUGUACUGCGGCCAUUCGCCAACUGGCGUACGAGACAGUGGCCGACCCUUUGGACGAGUACUUACAGAUGUCGGCAAGAACUACGCGGGAAUGUUUGUAUCGGUUUUGCCAUAAUGUGGUGAAACUUUAUAGCAAACAAUAUUUGCGGAAACCAAACGCGUAUGAUGUUCAACAAUUGUACCAAGCUCAUGAAGCACGACACGGGUUUCCGGAAAUGCUUGGUAGCAUUGAUUGUAUGCAUUGGGCGUGGCAUAACUGCCCGAAUGCGUGGCGAGGCCAAUACACGCGAGGUGAUCACGACCAUCCAACCUUAAUACUUGAGGCCGUGGCGUCACAAGAUUUGUGGAUAGACGCGGGUAUUAUCUUGCUGACGGAAUAUAUCCGUUUUGGUUUACAAUUGUCAAGACUAUUCCAUUUCCCGAGGACGAAAAAAGGAAAAAAUUCGCCAAGCGUCAAGAAUCUGCAAGAAAAGACAUCGAACGUUGUUUUGGUGUUUUACAAAAAAAAAGUGCCAUCAUUCAACAACCGGCACGUGCGUUCACACCGAAGAGGUUGCGCCUUUGUAUGUACGCUUGCAUUUUGCUCCAUAACAUGAUUAUUGAAGACGAGGGUCGGGCGAUUUGUGAGUAUGAUGAGAAUGCAUCUUACGGGAAUACUGUCCCGGUAGAUCCGACGCAACAGGAUUUAAACUCAUUCGCGCUAACCAACGACUACACGCAUGCAAACCUUCAACAGGAUUUGGUAGAACAUAUAUGGAACAAUGCAAACGACGGGGACGGUGACGAAGACGAAGACGAGUAGUGUAAUUUUUAUAAAUUUUUAAAUGUUGUCUUUUUUUAUAAAUUUUAGGUAGUGUAAUUUUUUUUAGGUUAUGUAAUUUUUAUUUAUGUUAUGUAAUGGAUUUUAUUAUCUUC